AUGACCCGAUGGACAUCCCUCAAGGCCUCUAGGCCACACAAACCUGGCUCCUGGGAUCUGGCAGCUUCCCCCCGGCGUUUGAGUACCCCAGUGGCCACAUUCCCCUGGAAGGCUCAGAAAUCCAGGGCUGCGCUGUCUUCCCAGAAUGGUCCCUGGGUUCCCCAGCCCCGCCAACCUUCUGCCUCCUGGCCCAGACAGAAAUCACAUCCACCACCACAGCCCCAAGCCUCAGCUACACAGACCCACGAAGUGCCCCUGCCUGGAGUCAGCCUGGGGGCAGGCCAGGGUCCACCAGACCCCGGGAUGACCGCAGCCAGCCGGGCCAACCCCUACAGCAUUGUAUCAUCAGAGGAGGACGGGCUGCACCUGGUUACCAUGUCAGGCGCCAACGGUGGCAACGGCAAAGUGCAUACAAGGCGCCGGUGCCGCAACCGUUUUGUCAAGAAGAAUGGCCAAUGCAACAUUGAAUUUGCCAACAUGGAUGAGAAGUCCCAGCGCUACCUGGCUGACAUGUUUACCACUUGUGUGGAUAUCCGCUGGCGCUACAUGCUGCUCAUUUUCUCCCUGGCCUUCCUUGCCUCCUGGUUGCUGUUCGGCAUUAUCUUCUGGGUCAUUGCUGUCGCCCAUGGAGACCUGGAGCCAGCUGAGGGCCGUGGCCGUACACCCUGUGUGCUGCAGGUCCAUGGCUUCAUGGCAGCCUUUCUCUUCUCUAUUGAGACACAGACCACCAUUGGCUAUGGGCUCCGCUGUGUGACUGAGGAGUGCCCCGUGGCUGUCUUCAUGGUGGUGGCACAGUCCAUUGUGGGCUGUAUCAUUGACUCCUUCAUGAUUGGUGCCAUCAUGGCCAAGAUGGCACGGCCCAAGAAGCGAGCGCAGACUCUGCUUUUCAGCCAUAAUGCCGUGGUGGCUCUGCGUGACGGCAAGCUCUGCCUGAUGUGGCGUGUGGGCAAUCUUCGCAAGAGCCACAUUGUGGAGGCCCACGUGCGGGCCCAGCUCAUCAAACCCAGGGUCACGGAGGAGGGUGAGUACAUCCCACUAGAUCAGAUUGACAUUGACGUGGGCUUUGACAAGGGCCUGGACCGUAUCUUCCUGGUAUCACCCAUCACCAUCUUGCACGAGAUUGAUGAGGCCAGCCCACUGUUCGGCAUUAGCCGUCAGGACCUCGAGACAGAUGACUUUGAGAUUGUGGUCAUCCUUGAAGGCAUGGUAGAGGCCACAGCCAUGACCACACAGGCUCGCAGCUCCUACCUAGCUAAUGAGAUCCUGUGGGGCCACCGCUUUGAGCCCGUGCUCUUCGAGGAGAAGAACCAGUACAAGAUUGACUACUCUCACUUCCACAAGACCUAUGAGGUGCCCUCUACGCCCCGCUGCAGCGCCAAGGACCUGGUGGAGAACAAGUUCCUCCUGCCCAGUGCCAACUCUUUCUGCUGUGGGAAGGAGCUGGCCUUCCUGAGCCGAGACGAGGAGGAUGAGGUGGCUACAGACCGGGAUGGCCGCAGCCCUCAGCCAGAGCAUGACUUUGACAGACUGCAGGCCAGCAGUGGUGCCCUUGAGCAGCGGCCCUACAGACGCGAGUCAGAGAUUUGAGUGCCCUUGACUUAGGUGCAACACCACCCUGACCAUGAUGGGUCCCCUGGGGACCUGGGUUUGAGCAGAGCAAGCCAAAUGCCUCGGGUCACAGACUCAGUAGCAUCCUUAGUCUUUUCAUGUUUUUUCGAAAUAGCUUGGGGAAGUUGGCGGGAGAGUGGGUGACCAGAAUGAACAGCCCGUGGCCUCAGAUGUAUACUUAAUGGGCAAGGAGGUGACCUCUUGGGGUAGCGAACCACAGGAGUGGGGGCUCUGCUGGAGGCCUCGGAAGCAGCCCAGGAGAGGUCCCAGCCCUGGUGGGAGAAAGCUGGGUAUGCACACUUCAUUGGUUUUUAACUUGGAUAAGACUGUUUACAAACAAAAAACAAAACAAAACAAGAAAAACACACAAAAACACUAACAUGUGGUUGAAUUUUUAAAAAUCAUGGUGUGGGAACAGUUAAAAUUCUACUCAGAGCUGCCAUGCAAGCAGCUGGAUGGAGUGCCCUGAAGGUUCUCAGAGGUCUGGUGUCUCCCUCACACGUGCCAGGGCCCGGCAAGUUGUCAUGCUUAAGGAUGAAUCAGGCUUUGUGACCAUGCUAAUGAUCCUACUAAAGUGUCUGGAUGUCUCUGGGGGUGGGGGCCCACCAGAGUGAGUCUGGCUUGAUCUUCUGUGUCUGACUUUGCACCUCAGCUGUAUCAGGGCUGGGUUUAGGACCUGGGGGAGACCCCUUUCCGUAUACCCCUUGUUGUGCUUCACUCCCUGUGUGCCCGAGGGCCCCACCUCUGCAGUGAGGUAGGAAACACCAGAGUGGGUGCUUCUUAGGAAAGGACACCCAGGAAAUUAGCAUGGGGUCUGGUUCCCACACUCCCAGGAAGUGGGUCAGCCCCACCCCACUGGACUCAAGCUUGAGUUGUGCCUUAGACACUCUGGGCUUCCGUCUGGCUUCCGUCAUUUUAUCAGACUUGUCCAAUCCUUCCCUGCUGCCCCUAACUCCACUCCUGAAGCCCUCACAAACUCCUCUGAGGGUGCAGAGGCUGAACUCCACCUGUCUCUCAGCCACCUUGUCCCUCUCUGCCUUUUGCCCACACUCCUGGGGUGGGAUUAGGUAGCCCAGCUGGCCCCAGCCAGUCAUCUGCUGCUGGAAGGCAGAGUCUAGGAAAGGAGAGAACACACCCGCAGCUCACACCAGACCCCUGCCACCAUAGAGAUGACCAGAGAAAUAUCAUAAAACAAAGCAUUUCUGUUUAGUCUUUAGGGGCCUGUGAUGGAACUUUUCCUCCCCAAGGCCCCAAGCCAUGGAGCCUUCCCCUGUUGCACAGUCAGGGAACCCUGAGGUGGGCUUGCUCCCAGGAAUCCAGUUUAAGAUUUCAUGCUAAUUUCUAGUCUAGGAGAGUCUGCCUAGGACCUGCUGCAGAGGCCUCGGCUCCUUUUAGUUCUUGGACUGGACUCUGCCCCCAAAUCUCACU